AUGGGAAAUGUUAGAAACAGUAAACGACCUCUUGCUGCUAAAGAUGCGAAUGCCAAGGUUCACAGGAAUAGCGCUCGGGAGAGCCGUGGAGAAAAGACAAGGGGGGCAAAAUUAGUAAAGCAGCGGAGGAGGCUGACAAUGAAGAAUUCCCUUAGUUUAUCGGCAUAUGCACAACCGGAUUUGCAUGUGGUUGACCCUAGGAGCAUUAAACUGCCGGAUUUGUCAAGUGAGCUGCGAGGGGAUGUUGCUGAACAGCCCUUGAGUCAAGUCACAGAUGCUACAGAAGAAGAAUUGUUACGGAAUUUGCAACAGAUCAGCAUUAACAAAAGUAGAUCGGUCAACGAAUCGCGGCUUGGUUUGAAAGAGGAUAAGUGUGCAGCUCUAGUUCAAUCGAAUUUAAAGGUUUUGCAGAAGCAAAUAUCUGUGCGAGAAAUCGCACCGGCCACUUGCUCCCACUAUUUUUGCAGUCACGAAAAUCAGAAAACCGUUGAUUUCUCAAGACUUUGGUUUCUGUUUGAGCUUGAAAUGACCAAUGAUGCGAAAAUCAAUCUUAGAAAUGAUUGCUACCAUGAACGAGUCUACAAGGCGAUAGAUGAAACUUGGACCAAAAGUAAUACUCUCUUGCAGAAAGUGCCGGAGGGAAGCAAUGCAAUGCCUCUAUCACAUCUACUUCUUCCAAAUGCCGUUUUGCCCGUGAAGGUACCUAAACUGCAACAGAGCCAUAAAUCGCUAUCCGAAAUUUCGGUUGAACUCGAAAGCGUGAUUGAAGAUGAGUCCCGGCCUUGUAGCAAGACAGGUAAAAGAAUGCCGACUAGUAGUUUGGCAGCUAGGUACAGGAAAGAAGUGUUUGGAACAGUUCCUAUAAAUAUUAAAAAAAUUCUCAAUGGUCAAUCUUCCUCUUCACCUUCCUCUCCGUCCUCUAUCAUACGUCAAGGAUCGUCACAUAUCGAUAUCGAAGGCAAAAAUAAUAUCAUAAAGGGCACCAAGCUAUCAUAUUUCCGAUAG